AUGAGCCGCGCGGUAUCGCGCCUCAUUGAAGCAUGCAGUCGAUUGAGCAUCACCCAACGAGCUCAACUUCAUUAUUUGCGUCCACCUCCAGCUACAUCUAUUUUGCCUCCAGGACCCAUUCCAUCAUCUACUAUCAUUGAGAAAGGUUUCCCGGCAAAUGGCACAUAUCAUUUCCCUCAACCCACUGUUUCCAUUGAUCUGCCGGCUCUUGAAAAUCCACAGCAGGUGUACACCUUCCCCACAUUAAAUAGAUCGCCGAUGGUUGCUCCUGGUCCGAUUCUCACAGAAAUUUUAGAGAAACUCGCCCCAACUGUAGAAAAGGGCUCAUUGAUUGCUCCCGGAACUUUGGACAAAGCACCCAUGUGGUUGUCCCCACGUCUUCUCACAAUCCGACGCAAGAAAAUGAAGAAGCAUAAGAGACGAAGGCGAUAUGAUCGAGACUUUUUCAAAUACCAAAAAUAUCAUAGAGAGAAGAAACUGAAGUCAGAAAGAGAGUUCCAGAAGAGAAUGAAGUCUUUGCUAACGGAGUUAGAAGCAUUCGAUCCAGAGAAAUAUGUGAAAGACACCAUCAAAAUGGCUAAUAAGGAAUGGCAGGAUGAGUUGGCGCCGACUGGAAGAAAACUUUAUCCACAUUGGAGCAGAUUCAUGAGUUUGGAGCAAUUGUAUGGAUUACCAAAGAGCGAGUACAUUGACAAGAGAUCUGGACUCCCAACACCGGAAGAAGCCGAGCAAAUCAAGGCAUUGAAGGAGAAAUACGCAAAGUUGUACCGAAAAAAGUAG